UAAGGUUAGAAUCUCAAAUCACUUAUCAAAGCAAAGAAUAUUCGAAACGGAAUUCAAGUUUUUAUAAUUACGAAAUAUGCUAAUGAAUUUAAAAAUUUUCAUGGGAAAUCCAGCAAGUCAUUGAAGUUCAACACGAACUGGUCUUUAGUUUGUUCGAAGAAUUGAAUACUUAUGAAAACGUACAAAGUGAAAUAAGAUUUAUUUUCUUUAAAGAAUAAAAUAAAUUGAUAAAAUCUUUUGAUACACAAUGAGCAAUGAUAAAAAUCAUUCAAGAAAAAAUGGUUUCAUUGGGCAAAUUUAUUUACUUGCGUACAACUUUCUUCAAAUUAUAGGAUGGAGUUAUAUUCUGUACAAGUUAGUAAAUUAUUAUAUAGGAAAUAAAGAUAAUAAUCAAACUUUAUGGGAAACUGUUCGAUUUGCUGUUAACAUUUUUCAAAAUGCUGCCAUACUAGAGAUUUUAAAUUCAAUUACUGGAUUAGUAAAGUCAAAUCCAGUAAUUACAACAUUUCAAGUUUUAAGUCGAGUAGUAGUUGUCUGUGGUGUUAUACAAGCAACACCUUCAAAUUAUGCAGCAGCAUCACUUGGUCUACCUUUAGCGUUAUUAGCUUGGUCAAUAACUGAAAUCAUUCGAUAUAGCUAUUAUUUUACCUCUCUCGUUGGAUUCAUACCAUAUUUUCUUACAUGGCUAAGGUAUACGACAUUUAUUAUAUUGUAUCCAAUUGGAGUAACUGGAGAACUUCUAUGUUGCUAUGACGCUACAAAGUAUGCAAUUUCUAAUCCAAACGCAUGGAGUUAUACGCUUCCCAAUGCUUGGAACUUUACUUUUAGUUAUCAUUAUACUCUUCUCUUUUUAAUAUUGUUAUAUUUUCCAAUUUUUCCUUAUCUCUAUCUACAUAUGAUUUCAUUAAGGCACAAAACAUUGGGAACUACUAAUAAAAAGAAAAUAUAAAUUUAUAAGAAAAAU